AUGAUGACCAGCACGAGGCACGAGGCGGUAGUCCGGCAAGACUGUGGUCGAUGUGGAGGCGUCCAAAUAGUGAACCCUAGGGCCACGCCCACAGUUGGGCAAUCGACGGGGAAGGAGCUGGUCGUUGGUCGCGGCGUUUUCGUAACGAUGCUCAAAACCGGUUCGCAGCCACCCAGCAGUGCCGGUACCUGGGCAGCGGCAGGUGGGGACUGGAUCAACGGUAAGUUAGCUCUUGCCCCAGACCCAGCUUCGGGUGGUAGGCGGGAAUGGCGGGAACUUGGAAGGCUACGGAGUACGGACUGA